AUGGUGGCCACAAAAAAGAUGAAAAACUCUCCGGAGUCGAUCAACUCUAGGCUCCAAGUUGUUAUGAGAAGUGGAAAGCAUGUGGUGUGAUACAAACAGACGAAAGUGAUCAGACAAGGCAAAGUGAAACUGGUUAUCCUUGCCACCAACUGCACAGCUCUGAGGAAGCCUGAAAUAGAAUACUAUGCCAUGUUGGCUAAAACUGGUGUCCAUCACUACAGUGGCAAUAGUAUUGAAUUGGGCACAGCAUGUGGAAAAUACUACAGAAUAUGCACACUGGCUAUCAUUGACCCAGGUGAUUUUGAUAUUAUUAGAAGCAUGCCAGAACAGACUGGUGAAAAGUAA